AUGAUUUUUGCCACAUCAUCAGUAAAAAGCCUACGCCUUCAUAUAUAUUACACGUACAUAGUAGUCAUGUAUAUAUAUAUAUUCCUGAGAAAUGUGAAAAAGACAAUAAACAAUACGUCUCAGAACAUACAUGAUAACAUGAGACUUUUCUGGAAAAUGAUCUAUAUAGACAUAAAAAAAGCAAAGUGUAUAGAAUCAAAAAGUGUUGAUAGUCAAAACCAUGAUCCGUGUCAUAAAAGAACAAACCCUAUAAACCUUCCCAUACACACAGCAGGAAAGGUAAUGUAA